GACACCAACAUUCAUCACAAACUGUGGAUAGAGCGCGCGCGCGGUGCUCUGCUGCCGUGCCACCCUCUCCCCUCUGACACCGAGCCCGAACCUUGGACAUCACCCAUGAACCGGGAGGGGGUGCCAGCUCCAUUCCCGGCAGGAGGAGGGAGCCGCGGGAAAGUUGAGGCGUCGUGCGCCAUCCCCGCUUCAUGAAUGGCCGGACCAUGCAGGAGAUGCCUUCCGACAGAGUUAAGACGCGGCGGCGGAAGGGUCGCUGCCCGGCCGGGGCGCCGCUUGGGGCCAUCGCCUGCGAGGACGAAUUCAACAGCCACGAACUGGAGGCUCUGUUCCAGAACUACAACCUGAAGCUAGAGCAGACCGCCACCCUCAAGGCGCUGGCGGUGCUGAUCGUGGCCGCGUCGUCGCUGUCUCUGGUGGAGCUGCUGUCCAGCCCGCGGCUCACCUUGUCCAAGGGAUCCUACCCGGUGCACUGCGUGGUGUUCCUGUCGCUCUUCAUCGUCACUAACGUCAAAUACCUGCAGGUGACGCAGCUGCAGCAGAUAGCGAAGCUGGCGCUGCUGUUCAGCUUCAUCUUUGCGCUGCUCUGCUGCCCGUUCCCGCUGGCGCUGGGCACGUCAGAGCCGGUGACCGCCGCUGCCCCGGAGCAGGGCGUGUGGCAGCUCAUGCUGGUCACCCUCGUGGCUUACGUCCUGCUGCCCGUGCGGACGCUGCUGGCCGUGCUGUUCGGGGUCCUGCUGGCUGCAUCUCACUUCAUUGUCAUAGCGACGUCAGUCAGCGGGAGGAAACAGAAGCUUUGGAGACCGCUGCUGGCCAACGUGGUGCUCUUCACCAGUGUCAACCUGUCGGGCGUGUUUGUGAGGAUUCUCACCGAACGCACCCAGAGGAAGGUCUUCCUGCAGGCCCGCAACUGCAUCGAGGAGCGUCUGAGGCUGGAGGACGAGAACGAGAAGCAGGAGCGUCUACUAAUGAGCCUGCUCCCCAGAAAUGUUGCCAUGGAGAUGAAGGAGGACUUCCUGAAGCCGCCUGAGAGGAUUUUUCACAAGAUCUACAUCCAGCGCCAUGACAAUGUCAGCAUCCUGUUUGCAGACAUCGUGGGUUUCACCAGCUUGGCUUCCCAGUGCACCGCUCAGGAACUCGUCAAGCUGCUCAACGAACUCUUUGGGAAGUUUGAUGAACUGGCCACGGAGAAUCACUGCAGACGUAUAAAGAUACUGGGCGACUGUUAUUAUUGUGUUUCUGGGCUGACGCAGCCUAAAGCAGACCACGCCCACUGCUGCGUGGAGAUGGGACUGGACAUGAUCGACACAAUCGCGUCAGUGGUGGAGGCUACUGAGGUGGAUCUGAACAUGCGUGUUGGUUUGCAUACGGGUCGGGUUCUGUGUGGUGUUCUGGGCCUGAGGAAGUGGCAGUACGACGUCUGGUCAAACGAUGUGACUCUGGCAAACGUGAUGGAGGCCGGAGGACUGCCUGGCAAGGUGCACAUCACGAGGACAACCCUGGAGUGUCUGAACGGAGACUACGAGGUGGAACCGGGCCUCGGGCAUGAGAGGCACGCCUUCCUUCAGAAGCAUCACAUCGAGACCUUCUUCAUCGUUCCAUCACACAGAAGAAAAAUCUUUCCUGGAAUCAUCCUGUCAGACAUCAAACCAGCCAAGAGGAUGAAGUUUAAAACGGUGUGCUACCUGCUGGUGCAGCUCAUGCACUGCAGGAAGAUGUUUAAAGCAGAAAUCCCUUUUUCUAACGUCAUGACCUGCGAGGAUGACGACAAGCGGAGAGCCCUGCGGACCGCUUCUGAGAAGCUGAGGAGUCGGACGUCCUUCUCGGCCACCGCCGUGCAGCACUCGCCCGCCACACGGGUCAACCGCUACAUCGGGCGGCUCAUCGAAGCGCGGCAGACCGAGUCCGAGACAUCAGACCUGAACUUCUUCAGCCUGUUUUACACGAGGAGAGACAGGGAGCGCAGGUACCACCAGGUGUACGACGACCACUUCAUCAGUGCCGUGGUUCUCUCUCUCAUCCUGGCAGCUCUGUUUGGCCUUAUCUAUCUGCUAAUGAUCCCACAAGGGAUGCUGGUGCUGCUGCUGCUGGUGCUGUGUGUGUGUUUCCAUGUGGCCUGUGUGAUGUACCUGCAUCUCACCAGUGUCCAGUGCCAACCGGAUUGUCUCACCAUCCAGAUCCGAUCAGUUCUGUGCGUCUUCCUUGUUCUGCUCACCUACUCUGUCACUCAGGCCUGUGUGGUGGGUUGUGUCCCGUGGGGGCGCGUUGAGACAAACUCCAGCCGCCUUCCAGAAGACGCGCUGGCCACGGACGCUCUGGGGUUUGGAUCCACUAACGGGACGGUGCCGGACCGGGCCGGCCCCAGCAUGGCGUACGCCUUGCUGUCCUGCGUAGCCGGGAGCCUAACCGUGGUCCCUUUCCUCCGAGUCUCAUCGCUCCCCAAGAUCCUGCUCCUCCUCCUCAUCUCUGUUACAUACACGGUUGUCAUGGAAACCAGUGGCUACCGACAAGCUGUGGGCGGCGGGUUUCUUCACACUCGGGGUUAUGAUCCCGUUUUGGCUGUCGUGUUGUUUUCCGGAGCUCUGGCUCUCCAUUCCAGACAGCUGGACCUUAAACUCAGACUCGAUUACCUCUGGGUGACUCAGGCAGAAGAGGAGCGAGACGACAUGGAAAAGGUGAAGCUGGACAACAAGAGGAUCCUGUUCAACCUGCUGCCGGCUCACGUGGCUCAACACUUCCUCAUGUCCAACCCCAGGAACAUGGACCUGUACUACCAGUCCUACGCUCAAGUCGGAGUCUUGUUCGCCUCCAUCGCCAACUUCAACGACUUCUACAUCGAGCUGGAUGGGAACAACAUGGGAGUCGAGUGCCUGAGGCUGCUCAAUGAGAUCAUCGCUGAUUUUGAUGAGCUGAUGGAUAAGGAGUGCUACAGGGACAUCGAGAAAAUCAAGACCAUCGGCAGCACGUACAUGGCUGCAGUGGGGCUGGUUCCUACAACCGCUUCCAAGACAAAGAAAUCCAUCAUCUCACACUUAUGCACCGUGUCGGACUUUGCCAUCGAGAUGUUUGACGUCCUGGAUGCCAUCAACUACCAGUCAUACAACGACUUCGUCCUGAGAGUCGGUAUCAACGCCGGCCCGGUGGUAGCGGGAGUGAUCGGAGCCAGAAGACCUCAAUAUGACAUCUGGGGAAACACAGUCAACGUAGCCAGCAGGAUGGAUAGUACUGGAGUCCAAGGAAAGAUACAGGUAACAGAAGAUGUCCAUCGGCUCAUCAACAACUUCUACAACUUUGUUUGUCGGGGUCAGGUCAGCGUCAAGGGCAAAGGUCAAAUGCUAACAUACUUUCUCGAGAGUCGAAGACCGGGCAGCCAGCCUUCUCAAAGCCAGCAGCACACCAACGCUGAGCGCCGGUCGAGCACCUUCACCCGCGCCAGCGUGUGCACCAGGCUAAGCCCCGCCCCCACAGUGACCUCCUACUCUAAUGUCAGGACUCUGAGCUCGAGCAUGGCCAAACCGACCGCCUCUACCAGCACCAGCAGGUAUUUGCCAUCUGUUUCUGCAGCAGGGGUGUGACAAAUUCACACUUGUAAGCUUGAAAAACAAAACGUUAACGAGGAUGCUGCAGCGGAAAAUUCCCUUCUGCGCUCUCUGUCUGAUGUCUGUGGAGCGCAGGAAGGAGGAGAUCGUUGAGCCUCGGCCGAGACCUGGUUUUUGACGUGGGACUGGCUGGUCUGGGGUCUCCUUCAGAUUCUUCCUCCACGUUAAGUCCUGUUUGCUGUGUCGCAGCGCAGGUUUGUCUUGAUCAGGACGCAGGAAGCUUCGGCCACGUUGAUUUGUCGUCAAUCACAGGCCAAGGAUGUCUCCAGGAUGGACUGCCAGAACUAUUUCCACAACUACAAGGAGCUAUAAAUCAGCAUGGAAACUAAAACAUGUUGCAAUGCAGAACUGUUAGUGUAGCACAGAAGCUUCUCACCUGGAGAUUCCUUUAAACCCACCGUAUCAUUCAGAAUGAGACCAAAUCAGUGGUGUUGCCUUAGCGACCACUCCUCACAGAGAGUUUCCUGAAAUUUCUUGUCUUUUGUUUCCUUUCAGUUCCGUUCUGGAUUUACUGAACAUGAGUUAGGAUGUAUCCAUCUCAUCUAAGAGACGUGCGUGCUUUUUUAAAAAGCCAAGUGUUUGAUUCGUCACGGCGGUUAACUAAAGAAACUUACCAAAAGCCGACUGAGUCGCUUACGGGUGGGCCAUGCCACGUAGUGCCCCUCCAUUGAAACCCCUUAACAGCAAAUGAAGCCACUUCUUUGAUUUCUUUAACCAUUGUUAAGCAGGGGCGCCCCCAAGGGGUAGCCAGAGGUGGCCGUGGCCACUCCUAGAAAAUUGCCCCCCCCCCCCCGAAAAAGCCAGUUUUAACAAAUCAUAUUAAUGUUCGGUCAAACCAUUUAUUGUUCUUGUUUAUUCAAGACAUAAUUAUAAAAAAGUAUCACAGUUAAUGAGUAAAGAAAUAAUCAGAAUAAAAACAAUACAUGUUUCUGCUGCUAACCAUUUAAAAAGUUUUUAUCUCCAUAGUUUUUUAACACAGCAACAGGUGAAUUAACCCCCAAAAAAUACAUUUUUAAAUUUAAUCAUGGAUAACGUUUUAAACAACUGAAAUGUGUAUUUCUGAAAUAUUUCUGUUUGUAAAAUUUAUACGUACUGUUAUUUUAAUAAAAACGAAUAAAGGCGCAACGCAGCACAUCGCCACAGGAUAAAUUCUCCCAGCUUUACCUCAAGGACCAAUUUUGAGUGCCACCUCAAAAAUGUCUUUGGCCCCAUCUGGCCACCCCUAUCAAAAUUUUCUGGAGGCGCCCCUGUUGCGAAGUGCAUGAUGCCACAGCUGCAUUUCAGUCAUGUUUGCCGUCUGCUUCCCCGUGACGCCUGACUUCCAGACUCUUCCUCAUCAAAGUGUAGCAAUAAAGUGGUUUGCCUCCUAUUUCGGCCCGUUCACUCUUUGCAUGCCGUAGCCUGCUGGGUCUUUGGCCCAAUAGUGUUUGUAUCCGAUAAAGUGUGCGUAGCUAUCCGCACCAGUUUUUAUCUCUGUGGAAAUGAAGCAUGACUUUAAAACUUUUGUUCCGGUAUGUUGUGAUUCCCCCUUUUUCCUCACAGACUUCUCUUUGUAAAAGAAAAAGAAUCCUUAUUUUCCAUUUAUGAAAACGAUUUUCACGUGUUAAAAUAUUCUACUCUGCUAUUUUUAUGAGCUGAAAGCUGCUUUUGGUGAAGAAAAGAAAACUCGUGUUCACGAGGAGACACCCAGACCUCUGGUUCUGGCUUCGUCAUGCAAACCCAGAUGAUUUAUUUUAACGGUGUAGCAUGCUACUCACCGCGCGGCUUACCGCAGCCAUUAACCCUCCUCUAAUCUGUUCUAGCAUGCAAUGCCUGCAAGCCUGUGGCUCUUACAUGCAUGCUUUGAUGACACGCUGGUGCAGGCGGUGCAGAAGACACACUAACUCUUUUUUUAAUGUCGUCCUCAUGCAUGCGCUCACAGUAGCGGCUCCUCUCGAAUGUAAGGUGCUUUAUUGACUCGUGUCUUCUUCAUGAGCUCAGUGUGUGAAUCUUCAGGAUAGAUCAAGCCAGGGGCUUCUCCUCCUCCUCCUCCUCCUCCUCCUCCUCCUUCCUGCUCCUGCUGUAGUCAACAGGUAGCUGGUAUUUCAAACGUGCCAACCUAUUUUCAUGAACAUAUCAAACUUUUCGUGUUGAGCUGUAGCACAACUGAACGCGUGUAGCUACAGAUUAUUGUGGGAUUCUUUGUGUUUGAAUGCUUGUAUUUUUACUAAUCGAGUUGUUAUUUAACGGUUUUAUAAAACAACGUAAAAGCAAGAAUUGAUUUUGGAGAGAUUACAUGACAGAACAUAUGUUGUACCUGAUAUAUUUGUAUGAUAUAUUAUUAAAUCCAGUUGCUUUCUUUGAGGUUUAAAAUGAGGAUUUUUAUACACUUGCUUGAAGAAAACUCGAUGGAAAUGAGUUGUGUAUAAUAUUUUCUUGUAAAUUGGAUAUUUUCUUACUGUAUGAUACGGGUUUCGAUCGUCACAUGUAGGUAUAACCAGCUAAUAUAGUCUUUUUCUCAGAUAUUUAAUGACCGAUCGGAUAUUUGUCAAGUUUUUUGUUGAAAAUGUAUUUAUUCAGAUGUUUUUUGUGAAUGUAAAUUUUGUCAGAGACAAUAUUUUCUACUAAGUGUUUGCACUGCAAGAUAAUUGACAUAUUACAAGAAGAAUAAAGCCAGCGGCGUUGUGCCUCCUGCUGUAGGAACGCUGCUCCGUUGUUUUAUUUAGCUCACACAGAUCACGAUGAGAAGAUGGUGACCUUUAGUCAAAACUACCCAACAAACAAAACAGACGCCGAUGACAGAAGUCGGUGAAACAAUAAGGCCAAUGUCUGCUUGUUGGUGACCUCAGUGGUGAUAAAAACUCUACUGCAGCCAUAAAAACAUCUCAGCAGGCUUUGUUUGCAGAACAGACUCAAUGUCACACACGUCUGAUGCUGAGUCACCGAGUGUUUAAAACAGGUCAAAGAUCAUUUUGCUGCUUAAAGGUGAAGUCGGAGA